ACUUAAAUCUUCAGUCUGAUAAACAAACAUGAGUCAUCUGAAGUUGCUUGCUGCUGCUCUGAAGUGGCAUGGUAUUAAAUUUCUGGAAAAGCAAGAUAUAGCGAGAAGGGUAUUUUUACAUGGCCAACGGUAUGUUUCAUCAGGAAUCUCAGAACCAUUCCCGAGUGGGAGUAAUUCAAAUUAUGUGGAGGAAAUGUAUUAUGCGUGGCUUGAAAACCCUGGAAGUGUACAUAAGUCCUGGGAUUUGUUCUUCCGAAAUGCUAAUGCUGGCCAAGCAUAUGAUCCCCAUCUACCAGAUCAAUCGGAAAGAAAGGCAUCAUUUCUUCAGAGCCAUGGCCUGGCCCAGACACCGGGUAAAGCUGAAAAGCUUGUUGAAGAUCACCUUGCUGUGCAGUCUUUGAUAAGAGCAUACCAAAUCCGUGGCCAUCAUGUGGCUCAGCUGGAUCCCCUUGGAAUUCUGGAUGCAGACUUGGAUUCAUUUGUUCCAUCCGACUUAAUCACUACAAUCGAUAAACUUGGGUUUUAUGGUUUGCAUGAAUCAGAUUUGGACAAAGUCUUUCAGCUGCCCACAACCACCUUCAUAGGAGGAAAUGAGAACAGUCUUUCUUUGCGAGAGAUCAUCAGACGAUUGGAGAAUACCUACUGCCAACACAUUGGCUUGGAGUUUAUGUUCAUCAAUGAUGUGGAGCAGUGCCAAUGGAUCCGGCAGAAAUUUGAGACCCCGGGAGUUAUGAAGUUCACUAAUGAGGAAAAAAGGACUUUGUUAGCAAGGCUGGUGCGCUCAAUGAGAUUUGAAGACUUCCUUGCUCGCAAGUGGUCUUCCGAAAAGAGAUUUGGUUUGGAAGGAUGUGAAGUAAUGAUUCCUGCACUUAAGACCAUCAUUGACAAAUCCAGUGAAAUGGGAAUUGAAUAUGUUAUAAUGGGGAUGCCUCAUAGAGGUAGACUGAAUGUGUUGGCUAAUGUAAUCCGAAAAGAGCUGGAGCAGAUCUUCUGUCAGUUUGAUCCUAAACUUGAAGCAGCUGAUGAGGGUUCUGGGGAUGUAAAAUAUCAUCUGGGAAUGUACCAUGAGAGGAUCAACAGAGCAACAAACAAGAAAAUCACUCUGUCCCUGAUGGCUAACCCUUCUCACUUGGAAGCAGUUGAUCCCGUUGUGCAAGGGAAAACAAAAGCUGAACAGUUUUAUCGGGGAGAUACAGCAGGGAAGAAGGUUAUGUCCAUAUUAUUGCAUGGGGAUGCUGCCUUUGCAGGACAAGGAGUGGUUUAUGAGACAUUUCAUCUUAGUGACCUGCCAUCUUAUACCACGAAUGGCACUAUUCACGUUGUGGUCAACAACCAGAUUGGCUUCACCACAGAUCCCCGUAUGGCCCGUUCAUCUCCAUAUCCUACUGAUGUUGCUCGUGUGGUCAAUGCUCCCAUUUUUCAUGUGAAUGCUGAUGACCCUGAAGCAGUAAUGUAUGUGUGCAGUGUAGCUGCAGAAUGGCGAAACACAUUCAAUAAAGAUGUGGUGGUUGACUUGGUUUGCUACCGUAGGAGGGGGCACAAUGAAAUGGAUGAACCGAUGUUCACCCAGCCUCUAAUGUACAAGCAGAUUCAUAAGCAGGUGCCAGUGCUGAAGAAGUAUGCUGACAAACUGAUUGCAGAUGGGACUGUAACACUCCAGGAGUUUGAGGAAGAAAUUGCAAAGUAUGAUAGAAUAUGUGAAGAAGCAUAUACUAGAUCUAAAGAUAAUAAGAUCCUACAUAUCAAGCACUGGCUCGAUUCACCUUGGCCUGGAUUCUUUAAUGUGGAUGGAGAACCCAAGAGUAUGUCUUGUCCUCCAACUGGCAUUUCAGAAGACCUGCUGACUCAUAUUGGCAAUGUAGCGAGUUCAGUGCCAGUCAAAGACUUCAAAAUACAUGCAGGACUCUCUCGGAUUUUGAGAGCCCGCUUGGAAAUGACCAAGAACAGGGUAGUUGACUGGGCCUUAGCAGAAUACAUGGCUUUUGGCUCUUUUCUAAAAGAAGGAAUCCACGUCCGACUAAGCGGACAGGAUGUGGAGAGGGGUACUUUUAGCCAUCGUCAUCAUGUGCUUCAUGAUCAAGAAGUUGACAAGAGAACGUGUGUUCCCAUGAAUCAUCUCUGGGAGCAGCAGGCCCCCUAUACCGUGUGUAACAGCUCCCUUUCUGAAUAUGGUGUUUUAGGUUUUGAACUUGGCUUUGCUAUGGCAAGUCCCAAUGCCCUGGUGUGCUGGGAGGCCCAGUUUGGUGACUUCCACAACACAGCACAGUGUAUAAUAGACCAGUUCAUCAGCUCUGGCCAGGCCAAGUGGGUUCGUCACAACGGGAUCGUCCUGCUCUUGCCACAUGGAAUGGAAGGAAUGGGUCCAGAGCAUUCAUCAGCCAGGCCUGAGAGGUUUCUGCAGAUGAGCAAUGAUGAUUCUGAUGCUUAUCCGGAGUUCAGUGAGCAGUUUGAAGUUUCCCAGCUGUAUGAAUGCAACUGGAUUGUGGUGAAUUGUUCUACUCCAGCCAAUUACUUUCACGUCCUCAGAAGACAGAUCUUGCUGCCAUUCAGAAAACCGCUGAUUAUUUUGACACCCAAGUCACUGCUGAGGCAUCCGGAAGCUAAAUCCAGUUUUGAUGAAAUGGUGUCUGGUACCACUUUCCAGCGUGUGAUUCCGGAGAACGGGCUGGCAGCCCAUGCACCACAUGAUGUCAAGCGAGUGAUUUUCUGCACAGGAAAAGUUUACUAUGAUCUGGUGAAAGAGAGAAAGAAUCAAGACCUGGAGAAGCAAGUAGCUAUAACCAGACUUGAACAGAUAUCACCAUUCCCUUUUGACUUGCUGAAAGAAGAACUUGAGAAGUAUCCAGGUGCUGAUCUAGUUUGGUGUCAGGAGGAACACAAAAACAGUGGAUAUUAUGAUUAUGUCAAACCUCGUUUCCGCACUAUUGUGAACCACACUCGACCUAUAUGGUAUGUUGGCCGAGAGCCUGCUGCUGCAGCUGCCACAGGCAACAAGAACACACAUCUGGUGUCGCUCAGAAGGUUCUUGGAUACAGCUUUCAACCUGGAGGCUUUUGAGGGAAAGACAUUCUAACUGCAGGGCACUGACCCAUCUCUAACUAGUAGUCUCUCAAAUCACUGCAUCUGAAAGAGUAAAUAAAAGUGGGGAAAAUUAUACAUAAUAAAAUCAUGUAUUUUUGCUCUACCACAUAUAACAAUGCAGCACCUGACUUCAUUAAUCUGCACCUUACUCCCCAGUUUGUAAGAAAAAAAUAACUCCAGCUUACCUUCCACUGUUUUUUGUGGCUUAUCUAUUUAGAUUGGGACCUCUUUGGCACAAGAGAGUGUCCUAUCCAAGGAUGCUCAGUAAGUCUAGCUCAGUAAACCUCCAGUUCCAGUCCGUGGCUGGUGUCUAAGUACUGUAAGUAGAGCAGGCAUGGACAGCAUGAUAGUUAUGCACAUCCCUGAAAAAAAAGAAAGAGGAGAGUACGUGUGGGAGCCGCGAAGGAAACAGGAUACGCUGUUACAAGGAAGACGGUUGACAAUUAUUUCUAGAUAUAUUGGAGAGGAGUUAUGAAACCAGAAAGCAAGGAGUUGAUAGAUGGCUUUCACAGAGAAAUGUACUGGCUGUGAUUAUUGGAAGGAGAUGGUAAGGUGGUGAUGUGAGGAGGAUGGAAAUGAAGUCAGAUUACAAAGCUGCUAACAGCUGAAAACAAAAGUGGUGUGGUCCACUUAGGUAUAAGGUGGAAGAGGGUGAUGAAGGCAGAAAUAAAAGUGACCAAGAAAGUUUGUUGGAUGUAGCUAAGCAGAGAAUUAAGUCUACACAGGACCACAUGAGCUGACAGAGAAGUUGGUGAUCAGCAAAAUAAUUCAGCAUCAACUGACUGCAAAAGUAAGACGUGGCAGCACCAACUGCUCCCAUUCCCUGGGCUGCCUGCUUUGUUGCUCUGUGGUAUUAGGGACCUGAGGAGACCUGGUAGCACCCAUAAAAAGAUCAUGUUUGGAUGAGGAAUCUGUGUCUGUGCGACAAGAAGUGGGUUCACUGCUUUGUCCAGUUCUAAUCCUUGCCUCACAUCUCUGUGCAGAUAUUAAUUCAACUUUGAAGUGGCAAUUCCUGAUUUAGUCAUGCUUUUAUAUGUUAAGAGGAAGGUGGGAAAGCAACAGUUGCUGAUUGAUGAAAGGCACAUGCUGUGGUUUUGUACAAGUAGUAAUUGAUUUCUUUUGUCCUUUGUGUUUACUUGUUAAUUAGGAUAUCAGUUGCCAUGUACUUUCAUGUACUUUUAUUGAUAUAAGCGACGUAAGUGAACCUCAAGAGCUGGUUCUGUGUAAGGUGGCUGAUGUACAGCAAGUACUGGAAGGGACAGAACAGCAGGGGUUGUUUCUCUUUGAGGGAGAGAGCGCUUGGCUUCCUGGAGACACUGCACAGCAAGGUGCCUCAGGGUGACACUGCUUGUCCUUCCUCCGCAUUGCUACCAAGCAGGUGGACACCACUGAACUAGCGUUGUCAGAAGGCCUGUUCCCUCUGCCCCAGGAGGACUUGAGUCUGGAUGAACCUUGUGACUGCAAGUUUCUGCAACACUAGACUAUGUAGUGGCAGGAGACUUCUUCUUUUCUUUCUGCUGGCUAGGAGAGGGAACUGCUCAGAGUAAGUGGUGUAGUAGGAUGUAGAGGAAUGAGGACAUGCCUUUGUUGCAAGCAGGAAGCAGUAACUAGAUGCACAAGGGCCUUGUGCCCCUGUGGUGCCUGGAGGGUUAUGCUAGAUUGGCUGAGCAUCCGCUCAUAAGAAGUGAGUGGAAAAAACAUAGAUGAGACUUCAGCCCCAUGUCCAAUUACUUCCCUGGCCUGAGCAUGCUCCUGGGACAUACCUGUGUUCUUGGCAGUAACUUCUACCCUGCUGCUGCUGUCUCGGCUGUGACAUAAUAAGGCUUGACAGUUUAUGCCUGAUUCAGUGUCAGGUGAUGGUGGAAAUUUUCUUGUCUUGUCAAAAUAAAAAGGUGUAUUAAAAACUCAUAGCAACGAUCAGGUACUACUUGUCCAAGCAGAUUACCAAAAAGGGAUGUGUGCCUUACACUGUCCCUUUAUUUGGCCUGGAGACAAUGUGAUGGUGAAAAACUAAUCCUCAUUUCAGAGCAUAAAUUUGAUGUAGUAAGGUACUUACCAUGGGAUCCACAACCAAACUUGGUCUAAUGUUAAUGAAACUCAGUACUGUCCUUUCAAAUCAGGCCGAUAGCCUUGGGCUUUUUCUCUCGUUGAAACAUUGAAGCUAAUUCAGACUUUUGAAACCUAAUGAACUUGGGAAGUACUGCAUCUGACAGCAGCAAAUGCUGUCUCUUGUCCAUUUCUAUAGCUCAAAACAUUAAGCUGAUAGUAGCUGUCACCCGAAGUAUUUUAAUGCUUUUAUGAAUGCUUGUUUCUGUGGCAAAAAUUGAGUGCAGCUAAAUAUUGCUGGCACUGUUUAUUGUAUUUUCAGCUUGCAUAAGGCAGGUCAGUGCUGCAUGAAAUAUGAUAAAUGCACUUGUGCCACAGUAUACGUAGAAAACAAAAUUAACAUAGAAAUGUAAAUGGUGAAUGACAGAUUUCCAUUUUCAUUGUGUAUCAUAGAUUGUGGCAUAAUGGUUACAUAAAAAUUCCAUCAAGAAUGUAAAAAACCCUAAUAAAAUUAAAAUGUGCAAACCCAGAA